AUGACCUCCACGCGAAAGUUCGUCCACAUAGACUGGGAUAUUCCGAGCAACUAUUCGAAACAUUUGGGAGAUGCUCCGGGAGAGGUUGAUUUUCUCGAAAAUCGGAUCAUUCAGUUGGAAAAAGAAACAUGAAUGCCGUUAAAAAAAACGAGGCCAGAAAACACCAAAAAAGGCCCCUUUUGAAAAGUUUGUGUAGUUGUUCAUAAAGCUUUGAUGGGUUUUGAAGAGUAAAAGAAAAAAACGACCUUGAUUUUUAGAUUUUUUUUCAAGCUCUGAGAAAAGUCGAACUUUUUCACAAUUUUUUUAAAGGAUUUAUGAGAACUCUAUACUUUCAAUGUUUUCAGAAUGAGUUUGAAACCAUCGUCGGACUUUGCGUGGUUUGUUCAGCAGCACUGGGUAUUUUUGCAAACAUCGCAGUGAUGUUACUUUCCUUCGGACACGUCAAAGGGGACUUCAGGUAAAUGGUGUGGAAACGUGAAGCUUUAAAGCUGCCGAAAACUUGAAUAAAUUCAUGAGAACGCUUUUGUUGAAUAGUCGUUCAAAUAAGUUCAUCUUUUGUUCUUGGCUAUGAAAUUUACGAACAAAGGAGAGCGAUUUUCAAGCUCAAAGAUCGAAAAAAAAGAAAAGUUAGCGUGAAGACAAUUAUUUUUAACUCAUGAAGUUACAAUAAAAAUUGAGAAAGUUUGUUUUUUUCAAGGUCUGAGCAAAAAAAAAAAUAAAAAACAUUUUUAUCUACUUUUUGAAGGUCCAGAAUUCUGAGAAUAGUAACCAACUUGCUCUAAAGUUCUUUUUCAAGCAAAAUUGGUUCACUUUUUGGGCUUAGUGCUAUACUAUUAACGUAAAUGGUGUGACGUAGAAAAAGGAAAGCGAUAAACAAUAAAUUUCGUACCUUGAAGUGCAGUCAACAAAAUUUUUCAAAAUCGAAAAUAAAGCUUCAAAAGUCCAAGUUCAGUUCUUUCAAUAAAUUAUUUUUCAAUUUCAGACACUUUGUCGCAAACUUAGCGUUUGUCGAUAUUUUAUGCGGAUUUAUAUUCGCCAUCAUGGGAUAUAUCAAUAUGAAUGAUGAGCAUCGCAUUCCGAGCCAGUGAGGCAAUUUUCGAUCAUCAAAGAGCCAAAAAAACUUUUCAGUAUUCUUUACUACCUUGCCCUUGCAUUUUACGGCUCUUUCGGCGUGAUGAUCUGCGCUCUGGUGCCAAUUUCCAUCAGUCGAGUUUUGGCUCUGACUAGGCCAAGUCUCUAUACAACGGUGAAUUCAAAAAAACAAAGAAAGAAAAAAAAGUAAUUUCAGCUUUUUACCGGCCGUAGAUCCAUGUUCUUCUGCUUGAUUUCUGACAUGUUGCCGGUAUCUUUGUUAUAUGUAAGUUAAUUUUUUUAGAUUCUUAUUCGAGAGCAAAAGUAUUUGAAAAAAACUACGCAAUGAGAAAAAAAUAUCGCUAUCAUUCAAAAAAACUAAACUUUUCUAUCGAAAAAAAUUUCGAACAUGACUUAUCAUGUGCGCUCUACUGAGAAAACUUCUUCAAGUUGUCCCUCAAGUGUUUUCUCUUGAGAGCUUGAUUUCUUGAGAUUACGACGGGGGCGUUCGCUGGAGAAUAAAAACAAAAAAUAGAAAAAAUGACACCAGGACAAUUUUCCAGUGUUAAUUAAGGGCAUUUUUAAUUGUUUCUCACUUUGAAGUUUCGAAAAUGUUGCGAAGAGAGUAUAGUCUGAGCAUAAUGGCUUUGUAAUUCAAAUGAAGUUUGAUAAACUAGUUGAUUACUGAGAAAAUAGGGCUAACUGGUGUUUUUGGAAGCUUGGGCGCUGAAAAUAAUCGUAGCGCCUAGAAAAUUUUUUUUCCUGAAAAUGAAAGCCAGUUUGACCUCUCAAGUGCUCAUUAAAAAGUUGAAGAUUACGGUAAAAGUCGAUAAAAAGGUAGUGAAAUCGGUGAACUUCUAAGCCACUUUUGAGAACUUAUUAUUGUUGUCCGGUACUUUCUGAAAAAAAACAAGGAGCUCUAUUUUGUGGCUCAUAAUUGCGAAGAUUGAGAUCCUGGGAAUAGAUGAGAAAAAGCAAAAUGAUAUCGGAAAAAAAAUCUUAUCAAUCAAUAAUUCCAGUUAAUCUGCCUAGUCGGCCCCGAUCUGGCCCGACUUCUUUUCUACAUGUUUGCCACCAUCACAGUUGCGGCAUAUAUUGUGGCGUUCGCCACAAAUUACAUCGUUUUCAGAAUUGUCGGUCAGUUGAAAAUUUAUUGAAGAUUUGGAAAAGGUAUAAUGUUUCAGCUAGACACAUCCGAGUCGUUCAAAACCUGCGCGACCAGGCCCGGUUAUUGGAAACGCGCCAAAUUGCAAUAGCAACGCUGGGGCAGGCAUUUAUUCCAUUGGUUUGUCAGGUGAAAUAUGUCUUUUUUUUCUUACACCUAAAAAAAUCGAGAAAACUAUAAAAAAAUUGCUUUGAAGUUUACGGAAAAAGUUUAUCAUUGGCCUGAAGAUUAAAAAAAUAUAUAGAAUAUCUACAUAGCGUUUUUGGAAUGCUCAACAGCGCAAAAGGUCAUCAAACUCGUUCUGCAAAAAGUGGCGUCUUUAUUUGAGUCCUUAGGAACUCCAGAGUGAUCCCUAUAGGGGUUUAGUUUGUGAUCCCUUUAAGGGGCAUUUUAAUCAAUAAACUGUAUGCGCUCUAUGAGAAAAAGCAUUUUCAUGCGAAAAGUUAAAUAAAUAAGCGUUUUUUGAAUGGAGUUGAAAACCCCUUAUAGGGACCACUUCAGCUAUAGGGACUAAGGGGUCAGAAUCUAAACCAAAAAAUUUUUUUUUAUCAAUAAAUAUUUUUAAAAUGUUAAUCAAACCUUUGUUUUUUUUUAGGUACCCGCCUUCCUGACCUUGUCCUCAGUACUUCUUCUCUCCGAGCCGAUCACCAACGGUCAUGUCAGUUCAAUUAUCCAACUUUGGCUGGCCAAUAGUCCUCUCCUGGACGCCAUCAUCACCAUUCUCGUCAUCAAACAAUACAGGUACCUAUAAAAUAAACCACAGACUGCUUUCUUCCACAAAAACCGGCUGAAAUUAAAUUUAUCAAAUGAUUUUCCAGGAAGGAAUGCCUUUCCUGCGCCUCGGCAGUUGGAAAACGGAUGUGGAAGUCGCGAAAGACGACAAUCAUUUACACGGAUGAGAAAGAAGCUUUUGAAACACGGCUAUAA